AUGGCUAGCUUAAAGGACUUGUACUCAUAUUAUUGCCGAAGGUGGAACUGCAAGCCAAAUAGCGGUUUUUGUGCAGUCUUGGACGACGAGUAUGCUAAACACAACAAUAAAAGGCUCCUCUAUGAAGUAGACAUCUCGAACAACUAUUUGGGGAAAAAUGGGUUAUUCCCGGUUCUGGACUUAGUAAAGAACUGUAAGACUGUUGCUGUUUUAGACGUGAGCAACAACCGAUUAGAACACGAACAGUUGGAACACCUCGUGUACUGUCUCAUUCUUCAUCCAUCGAUCAAAAAAGUGUUGCUACGCAAUAAUUUUCUACAUGAAAAAAGUAUUGACCAUGUCCUCAAGCUUCUCGAUACAAAUCAUAGAAUUAUUGAGUUAGACUUGUCUGGCAACAACUUUUUACCGGGCUCGUUGUCUCUGGUGGCAAAAUAUUUAGACCGUAAUCGCAAGCUGCAAGCGCAAAUCAAAUUAGACGAUGAGGAACAUGCUAAGCACCGCGCCACAUUGGCUGCCAAACCCUUGUUUCAGGCGGAGGUAUAUGGUGAACUCACGAAGGAUUCCUCUGGGGGUCACCUGCACUAUUCAACGUGGAGGAAGAACCCGCAGUAUCGCAUUUGUGUAUCCCGGGCAUCAAGGGUUUCUAUCGUUUUGGAGUCAACGGAUGGGGUACUGACGCGACCGGCGGGCUUCGUGGUUAUGCGAUGCGAUAGCAUCCGACGAGUCAUAGACAUAAAACCAGAUACCAUUGUAGCGGAAAGCCCAGUGGAUGCGGUUCAUUCCACAGCGGAGGUAAUGUUGGAGGCGUCCGGGAAUUAUGUGGUCAUGCCCUUUGUUUUUCGUCCUGGUCGUGGUAUGGGCUACGCGCUUAGAGCCACGAUGAUUAUCGAUGUACCGACUCUAGAAGAGGGAUGGGUCACGUUAGAUCUGAUUGAUGAGCAGUAUGACUGGUACAAUCAAACUAUAAAUGACAUGUGGCCAACAAAAGGAGGAUGCAACUUGCUUACCACGUGGCGCUACAAUAACAUGCAACAUCUCCGAUAUGAUGAGUCCACAAAUGCGUGCUUUCAUUCUUCGGUAGUGGAAGUUUAUCUCCUCCUAACGAAGAACAUUGACCCUGAUAUCAACGAUGAAAAAGAAAUUGGUCUGGAUAUAGUAUCACAAAGUCCAGAUAACCUGGGGCGGCCACCUCUUUUCUGUACACCUGAAGUGCGACGUUGGGGCGUGACGCAUGAACUCAAAACGUCUAUAUCGUUGUCAUUUACUAUUCCUUUGGCAGAACUAGAUGUCUACGUCGUACCAAGCACUAAAGUUAGUGGCCAGGAAGGCUGCUAUACACUGGAUGUAUUUUGCUCUGUGCCCUUCGUAUGCACUACUUCAGAGUUUCCACACGGAUGGAAUUAUCGCUUACUUGAGAGUAAUUGGAAUGACGCGUGCUGUGGCGGCUUAAGGAACUUAUACCAGUCUUGGAAGAACAACCCCUCUGUCAAAGUGGAACUGAUGCUGCGUCCAGAAGUAACACGAAACAGGGACGGUGGAACAGUCUUCAUAGCCUGCUUAGAACCUGUGGAGCGUAAACACGUCAAGAGUGAAGCAGCGGUACCGCAAGCUGUAACCGAUUAUUUUUCCACACAACAAAACAUCAUUUGCCUAUCAGAUGGAGAAAAGGAACUGAAGCGCGCAGCCGAGGCAUUUGCUUUUCGCCAGCGUCACAGUUCACUCAUGUUAGAAGUAUGCCUGGCUGUUGUAGAUACGGCAGCUCCACACUUCAACAAUCGAGUCUGUACAGAGGCAUCCCGCACUGAAGCGCACCUGAAGUUUGUUGAUAAUGAGGGCAUCCCUUUUUAUUUGGUGGCUAUGACACGAGACGCGGGGCAAAUGGGGAGCUUUCAACUGCACCUCUUUUGUCAGGGUCCGUUUGUAUUGGACGAUGUGAGGCCACUAGCUGAACGGGAGCGAGAGGAUCAGCUGUCUCAGUACGAGCGUGAAAAUCAACAGAGACGCGCACGGCAGAAAAGUGCGAUUCUAAACGAAGGACAAAACUUAUUACUUGAGGAUACUUCUACUCGUCAGAAACGGAACGAAAUCUUGGCCAAAUGCCUCAUGACAGAGAAUUUGUUUGUGGACCUUGACUUUCCCACUGGUAAUUCUUCAUUGUGGUUAGACACUGAGGCCACAAGUUGUUAUGGAUUUCCGCCAAAAAUAUCUUGGGUAAGGGCCUCCAGCAUUGCAGAAGACGUAGAGUGUCUUCGCGAAGGAUAUAUGAGUACACCAUUUCCCUACGGCGCGCGACACUGGUUUGCAUCAGUACUGUAUACAGUUUCGGCUAAACCCCAUUGGCUUGCCCGUAUUUUUGUGGAGUACAACAAAAAGGCCGGAUUCGCCCAGUUUCGUUUUUUCAAGUUCAACGACUGGGUGCAUGUGCUCGUGGAUGACUAUCUUCCAGUGGAUUCGGCAGGAGCACUUUGCUUUGGUCACUCAGUGGAUAUGUCAGACAUGUUUUACCCACUUGCCGAAAAAGCUUAUGCAAAGUUACACCGCUGUUAUCAGGCUCUGGAGCCCCAGGUCACUCCAGGAUUGUCACUUAAAUAUAUCAUAGUCCAAGGUCUCAGAGAUGUUUCAAGUGGCUAUUGUGAGGUUCACAGCUUGGGUCAUGGUAUCGGGUCUGAACCCUUGUCAGGCGAUGAAAAGGACAAUUUGUGGCGUAUUCUCAAGGAAUCAACCAAUAAUCAGGUUCUGAUCGCCUUGAUGCUCGACAGUCUGACCGCCAAGUCAUCUGAAAGAAUGCACGUUGGUAUCUUGCCUGAUCAUCUGUACGCAGUGACAGACGCACGCUUUAUUGAAAAGCAGCGGCUGGUCAAGGUGCGCAACUGGUGUGAUCAGGAAAACACUCGAUGGCGGGGUAAGUGGGCACCACAUAGCCCUCUUUGGACUGAUACACUCUUACAAGCCCUUGAGUACCAUCACGGUCUGGAUGAAUUCUGGAUGUCUUUCGAUGAGGUAUUAUUCUACUACUCUGACUUGUUUCAUGUCGAACUACAUGCAAGUGUGUGCGGUAUUUCCGGUGUUCUUUUGGGCUCAGGGAAAAGGAAACGUGGUUGUGCUGUUGGAACUGAUACGCAAAUGCGCUUCCCUCAGUUUGCGAUGCAAAUUUCCAGUGUGCCAGCUGGGUGUCAUACUCUAGAUAUUGUCAUUGGGGUUCACCAACAGGAUGCUCGAUUAAGUAUAACCAGAGCUCCAAAUGCCAAGGCUGAAUAUAAGAACGCGAUUGGUCUUGCAGUACUAGCCACUGAGGAUAACCGCCGGUUCAUUAAACAGUUCGAUGACAGUGAAGCUAUUUCACUGUCGGCACCAUCUCGUUCGCGGGAUGUAUUUGCUAAGAUUACUUUAGAUGCAACGAUCAUAUCCGAGCAUAAGCAGCAGAUCACACUUAUGGUCCUCCAGGAUAUUGACAAUGCCGACGAUAUCGCUUACUAUGUUACUGCAAGAGCCUCACAGGCAUGCGUCACAAUCACUCCGGUAAGCCGUGACACCGCCAUAAGCGUCGAAGGAAAAUGGGCAGGUGUAACGGCGGGAGGUCUACCCCAAGCUCCCACAUGGCGCAAUAACCCGCAGUUUUUUCUCUACCCCAGUGAGACGAUGGAACUCACGAUUUCAUUAACCCUUGUGUCUUUUGCCACGAAUGAUGGAGAUAACACUGACCGCACCCUGACCCCUGCAAUCGGCUUCACUGUGCAUAAUACUCGAGCUUGCCACAGCUUCUUGAAGUUCGAACCUGAGACAGUUGUGCUCAACGUCCCUGCUGAAGCGAAACCUUGUGUGGCUGGUACGGUUACACUGUCUGGCAUGAAGGAGCGGCGGGGCAUGCCCUACGUUGUAGUACCUCACUGUAGCCAUCUAGAAAUAGUUGGGCAGUUUACUCUGAAGGUACUAUGCAAUCGCAAGGUUUCUUUGGUUCCAAUUGAUUCACGCCUAGACUGGGUCCGAUGCGUGCACAGGGUUCAUGUGAAUGCUUCCGAUGGAAAUGCUGGUGGCUCACCUAGGUUCCCCUCAUGGAGAUGGAGUCCGCAGCUGAUUCUCAACUUCCCUGUUUCUCAAGAGGGACGUCUUUUUAUUUCGGCUGUUAAUUGCAAUGCUCAUGAUGUGCGAAACGAGAUUGGUAUGAUUUUACUCUACGGCGACUUAAGCGUCGAUAAUGGUCAUCGACGCAGGUUGCACUUUGAUAGCAAUGAUAUUGUGGGCAAAAGCAAGGAAGCCGUUGGGCGUGUGGACUUGGAUGUGGAGCUCAAUUUGCACACACAACCUGGUCCAUUAAUACUGUUAGUAUAUACUGUGAUUCCAUACAGAGAGGUAGACAUUGAAGUGAGCUUCUACUCUCAGCCGGCGCUGGAGGUGUCAGUGGCAAAUGACUGGAAGUCGACAACGCUGCUAGAGGGUAGCUGGGAGUUAGGAAAGACGGCAGGUGGUAGCCGAACUAAAUUCGCCAGUUGGAUAAACAAUCCCUUUAUUGGACUUUCUGUCAUUCGCCCAACAAAUAUUGUGGCGAUCCUUGUACAGUACCCUCGACACCGCGAACCACCUAUUGUAAAGCGAAAUGGUACAAAAAAGGCCUUUUUGCCACCGCUGAUGGUAAUGCCAGACCGUAAAACCUUUUUGGAGCUGGAUCUUGUCAACUAUGAUGAAAAGCUUUCGCCAAUAUCUAGUGUGGGGCCCUCAAACAACGCGGAAGUUGUUCUCGUUCAGAAGUUGGAACCCUGCGAUGAUAAGCCAUAUAUCCUUGUGCCUGCAACCUCACUCAUGGAGGAUAACAUCGACUUUAAGCUUGUCGUAUUCGCGGAUCACCCCAUUGACCUUUUCUUUAUCGAGAAAUCACGUCUACCUUAUAUUUAG